AUGAAGAAAUUAAAACACUGUGAUUUAAUCAAUUCUAAAUACUCAUUGCAUGAAUCGAGAAAGGAUCAUGUAAAUAAAUUGGAUUUUAAAAAUCAAAACUCCCACUCUACCUCAAAUCUUAGUAGACAAAUCAAUGGGAGUAAUAGUAGCAGGAGAACAAAGUGUGUUCAUCGUGAAAAUUCUACUUCAUCUAAAAAUAUGUACAAAUUAGACCAGUCAUAUUUGAAGUCAUCUCUAAAGAAAAAUAUUGGCAGUUCGCCGUUAACUGACAACAUUUUUACAGUCAAUAUUAAGCAGCAAAACUUGUCAAAAUCAUUUGAUUAUUCACGUCGCAUUAUUUUGCCUUUUUCCGAAAGUUCAACAGAUAAUAACUAUGAAUUUAUUGAUCCCACUACAUCUUCAGUUCGUUCAAACGGAUGUUCAGUUGAAAACUCAUGGUCAAAUUUAUGGCGUAGUGGCCUUCCAGAGCAAAAGUUAACUGUAUGGUUACCUAGACGGUAUACUGAACAAGGUUGCGAACAUCUUCAGUGUAGAUUGAGCAAGGCUUCGAGCAGUAUAAAACCAAAUAAAAUUAGCUUUCCUGAUAUAAAUUUCCUAGAACUGGGUAGUAAUUUGACAUUGAAGACAAUCCAAAAGCUCUCACCACAGAUGAAUAUGACAUCCAACAGUUAUUGGGCGUCGAACACUCAUUUUGCUGGUCACAAUGUUACUACCGUUAUUAAUAACAAUAAUAAUAGUAACACAAAUAAUUCCAGACUUUCUAAUAAUCUUCAUAAAAAUGGAGAUGUACACCUUAUGCACCCUGAUAAUUCAAAUAAAUUAACCAUAAUGGGGAAUUCUUAUCCUGUUAAUAGACCUCCAGAUAUCAAAGAAAAAACUUUGGCACAACUGUCUCUUAUCAGAAAAGAAGAAAACUGCACAAUAUCAAUUGAUUCUGGUACCAAUGUGAAAGGUUAUAUGGAUCCGAUGGUAGGCGCACCAAUAGAAUACUUGAAUCGUAUAAAUGAACUGUCGAAACUACAGGCGAUUACCAAACGUUGGGAACGUACUCGAUGUCGUCGUCGGAUGAAGAAAGAUAUGAGCAUUAACAAAUCAGUUGCGGAUUCAAUUAAAUAA